GAGGAGCGAGCGGCGGCGCUGCCUGCAGCCUCGGGGGCCGGCGUCGCGGCGAGCCAGUGCGCGUGCGCGGAGCCCGGGCGCCGGGGGAGCGAGGACGAGGAGCGAGCGGCGUGCUGCGAGGCCGAGCCACGAGCCACGAGCAGCGAGCGACAUGGGCGAUCGGGAGCAGCUGCUGCAGCGGGCGCGGCUGGCCGAGCAGGCGGAGCGCUACGACGACAUGGCCUCCGCCAUGAAGGCGGUGACAGAGCUUAAUGAUGAGCCGCUCUCCAACGAAGACCGGAACCUCCUCUCUGUGGCCUACAAGAACGUGGUUGGUGCCAGGCGAUCUUCCUGGAGGGUCAUCAGCAGCAUCGAGCAGAAAACCAUGGCUGAUGGAAAUGAAAAGAAAUUGGAGAAAGUCAAAGCUUACAGGGAGAAGAUUGAGAAGGAGCUGGAAACAGUUUGCAACGAUGUCCUGGCUCUGCUGGACAAGUUCCUCAUCAAGAACUGCAAUGAUUUUCAGUACGAGAGCAAGGUGUUUUACCUGAAGAUGAAAGGUGAUUACUACCGCUACUUGGCAGAAGUAGCUUCCGGGGAGAAGAAAAACAGCGUGGUCGAAUCUUCUGAAGCUGCCUACAAGGAAGCCUUCGAGAUCAGCAAAGAGCAAAUGCAGCCCACACACCCUAUCCGGCUGGGCCUGGCCCUCAACUUCUCUGUGUUCUACUACGAGAUCCAGAAUGCUCCCGAGCAGGCCUGCCUCUUAGCCAAACAAGCCUUCGAUGAUGCCAUAGCUGAGCUGGACACACUAAACGAGGAUUCCUAUAAGGACUCCACGCUCAUCAUGCAGUUGCUACGAGAUAACCUCACCCUCUGGACGAGCGACCAGCAGGAUGAAGAAGCAGGAGAAGGCAACUAAAGAACCUUCUGGUCCCUGGCCCUUCCUUCACCCACCACUCCCAUUAUCACCGAUUCUUCCUUGCCACAAUCACUAAAUAUCUUAAUGCUAAACUUCUCUGUAUUGGCAGCACAGCUAUUCAGAUCUGCUCUCCUGACCCUUGGGAAGCAGUUUCAGAUAAAUCUUCAUGGGCAUUGCUGGGUUGGAUGGUCACCGUGAGCCCACCUGAGCUCCGUUUUCGAAUAUUGCAGACAAGUGCGUGCUGAAUGAGGCAUUUGAUUAUGCCUGCUAGUCUCUAAGAAAUCCAGGGGAAAGCAAUGGGGAAUUUUAGAAAGGAGAAAUAGCCUAGGAAGGCUACAAUUGAUAUUUAAACGAUCCUUUUAAAACAAGCUGAUAGUGUUUUGUUAAGCUGUACAUCUUGUGCAUGCAAAAAUGAAUUGACCCUUCCCCCCUCUUUCAGCUAAUGGAAUACUGUUAGGGAAGCUGAUCCAAGAAGAGACCUUGCUCCUUUUCAUCAGCUUUAUAAUAAACUGUUUAACGUGAGGUUUCAGUAGCGCCUUGUUUUGCCUAUUUAAAUUAUGAAGUGCGCACACCUUCUUUCCAAUGCAAUGCAUCUAAAGUUUUGAUACUUGUAACUUUUGUUUUGGUUGCAAUUGUUUAAGAAUCAUGGAUUUAUUUUUUGGUAACUCCUCAGCUAUUGUCCUUGUGUAUCCUGAUUAGGCCCAUGUCAAUCACGAUGGGUGAUUAUGAAAUGCCAGACUUCUAAAUUAAAUGUUUUGGAAUUCAAUGGGUAAAUAAAUGCUGCUUUGGGGAUAUUA